GAGCGCCCCCCCAGCGGUCCGAGUGGCUUCCACUCCCGCGAGAGGCACCGCAACUCAGCCGACCGCAACUCAACCGGAAAUGCACCGCCAGCGAAGAAGGAAGCCGAUCCACCGAAGCCGCUCAGUGACAACCCUGAGGUGGCGGCGAUCCUCGUGGAGCUGAACGCACAGCUCGAGAAGACGCACAAAGAGGACAUCGCCUCCAGAAAGAAGACUUUCAAGUUUAGCUGCCUGCGGUGGCAUCCUGACAAGAAUCCGGACAGCGCCGAAGUGGCCAACGAGGUCUUCCAGUGGCUGCAGUCGCAGAGAGACUGGUACUUGAAAGAGUGA